CAGAAAUCGUCGAACACGGCCACGUUCGCGCCAGGGUUGGGCUCUUAUCUCACAGUAUCACCCAGUUUGAGAGCGCCCUUGAGUAGCUAGACGGUAGUUGGUGGAGGGACUCAGGUGAAAACGCCGGGAGCGUCAGACGAAAUUCUCUCAGUUUUACUGUGGAAGGUCAACGAAGAGUGAGUGGGUCCUCUGACAAAAGCAUUUGUUUGAUAUUGAAAUCGUGUUUCUAGUGGCAAUAUGUGGGCUGAAGCUGUCAAGGUGGGCCUGGAACAACACGCCAAGGGAGACCUCAAGGCCAUUCAAUAUGGAACAGCCGGAUUUCGGACUGACGCCAAACUUCUCGACCAUGUCAUGUAUCGGAUGGGUAUCUUGGCAGUUCUCCGAUCCAAAUUGAAGCAAGCUGCCAUUGGUGUGAUGAUCACUGCAUCCCACAAUCAAGAAAAAGACAAUGGUGUCAAGCUAGUGGAUCCCAAGGGCGAAAUGCUCGAGCAAAGUUGGGAGGCAUUGGCCACCAAACUAGCCAACGCCAAAGACGAUGAGUUGGACAUUGUUUUGGACGAGAUCGCCCAAUCCCAAGGGAUUGACCACGCAUUGCCUUCAUCCGUGUUCGUCGGAAGAGACACCAGAGAGAGUAGUCCAAGGUUGGCCCAAGCCAUUUUGGAUGGCAUCAAGGCCGUGGAGGGGGCCGUAAUUGAUGCCGGGAUUGUGUCCACUCCUCAAUUGCACUAUUUGGUGGUGUGUCAAAACACCCAUGGCCAGUAUGGAGAAGCCUCAGCCAAGGGCUACUAUUCUAAGAUUAGCCAAGCCUUCAAGGCUUUCCGAGGCAGUAACCCGGUGAACGGAAGGUAUUCACCAAAACUGAUGUUUGAUGGCGCCAAUGGAGUGGGAGCCCAAAAGAUGAAGGAGUUUCUUACCUUCUUGGGAGAUUCGAUCCAAAUGGAGAUUGUCAAUGACGGCACUCAACCCGGAGAUGUGCUCAAUGGGGAUUGUGGCGCGGAUUUCGUCAAGGUUCAACAGACAUCGCCCAAAGGUCUGGAGAAGACCCGGGGGGAGCGAUGUGUGUCGGUGGAUGGUGAUGCGGAUCGAGUCAUGUAUUUUUACAAUGAUAAGGAAUCCGGACAAUUCGCCAUGUUGGAUGGAGAUCGGAUCGCCACUUUAGUGGCCGAGUUCCUCAAGGAGUUGUUGGACCAAGCAAAAGUGUCCCUGAAUAUGGGUAUUGUUCAGACAGCUUAUGCCAAUGGAAGUUCUACCAAUUAUAUCACCCAGAAAUUGAACGUGCCUGUGGCUUGCGUUCCCACUGGUGUUAAACACUUGCAUCAUAAAGCCCAAGAUUUCGAUAUCGGCGUCUACUUCGAGGCCAAUGGUCACGGCACCAUCGUGUUCUCGGAUGCAGCUCAAGCCAAAAUCCGAGACACUGCUGCCUCUUCGAACAGUAUUCAAGCUCAGAAAUUGGCACAUUUAGUGGAUGUGAUUAAUCAGACUGUGGGUGAUGCCAUUUCCGACAUGUUAUUGGUUGAGAGCAUCCUUCAUGCCAAGGGAUGGUCGAUCGAGGAUUGGCGGAAAGCCUAUCAAGACUUGCCCAAUCGCCAAAUGAAAGUGCGAGUGGCGGAUCGAAACGUGAUUUCCACGACCGACGCUGAGAGACAAGUGGUCACGCCCAAAGGCUUGCAAGACGAAAUCGAUGCCUUGGUCAAGAAAUUCCCUCAAGGCCGAUCUUUCGUUAGACCUUCGGGCACCGAGGACGUGGUUCGAGUGUAUUCCGAGUCCGAUACCCAAGACAACGCCGACCAAUUGGCUUAUGAAGUGGGCUUGAAGGUCCACGCCCUAGCUGGAGGCGUGGGAGAGCCCACCCCCAAACCCAAGUGAUCCUUCCCAAAACCUCACCCUUGUUAUCAAACUUCAACCAAAAUGCAUUUUCCACACCUCGAUUGUGUUAAGAGAGAAUGUUGACGGGCAUUUAUUGUCUCGGAAAAUAAACUAAGCAUUGUGUACGAGAA